AUGGAGGACGACCGGGAGGAGCCGCCGCCUGCGGGGAGCGCGGCCGCCAACGCCAGCUCCACCUCCGCCGCCGGCGGCGGCGGCGGGAGCAAGGGGUCCCCGUGCGAGGAGUGCGGGGAGCAGCCGUGGAAGUACCGGUGCCCCGGGUGCGGCCGCCUCACCUGCAGCCUCCCCUGCGUGCAGGCCCACAAGCGCCACACGACCUGCACGGGCAAGCGCCCCCGGACGGACCCCGUCCCGCUCGCUCGCUUCGACGACAACCAGCUCAUCUCCGAUUACAACUUUCUGGAGGAGGUGAAGCAGGCCCACGAGUCCGCGCACAGGCUCGUCGGCGGCUUCGGCGGCAACUUCGGGGGACGGGGAUCCGGCGGCGCCAAGCUGCCCGGAUGGCUGUUGUACCUCAGCAAGGCGGCGAAACGCCGGGGCGUCAGUCUCUGCUUCCUCCCCAGGGGCAUGGCCAGGAGAGAGCAGAACCGCUCGCGCCACAAUUACAGGAAGGAUUGCAUAUACUGGACACUUGAGUGGAGAUUCAAUUCAACUGAUGUUGUCCUAACCGAUCAUGAGAUAGAUGAGCACACAACCUUGCUCUCUCUAUUGGAAAAACAUCUUAGUCCUGGCCCUUGGAAGGAUCAGCUUACACAAUAUCGGAAUACCGAAUUGCGUGAUCUGAAACUCUUCAUUCAAAAGUGUGCCAAGCGAUCAGAGUCACCAUACCGCCUUCUCAAUAUAGAAGAACCAUUGCGCCCACAGCUGAGGGGUAUACUUGUUGUCGAGUACCCAACUAUCAAUGUCUUUCUUCCGUCGGACAAUUAUGACUUUGAAAUCGAGAAAAUGGUGAACAGGCUUCCUAAAGAUGGAAAAAACCCUGGCAGCACAACUGACGAGUCACCUGUAGAAGGCAGCAAGUUUCAUGAGGAGGAAAUAGAGGAAGGCGAGUUUUCACCUGAGACGGAGAUUAUAGAUCUCAAGGACUGUGGAACUUCGAAUGCCUGUAAAAUUUCUCCAGUAGAUGUUACAAGUGAAUCAAAGAUACAUAACAAUGUUGAUUCUUCUGUGCUCUCAUACCCAGGUUGUCAAGCAUUACAUGGUCAGCCGAAAGAACUGAAUCAAUUUGGCAAGAUAUCACCAAAUGGUACCUCUGGGCCUGCAGAAACUAAGUCCCGCAUGGAAGUCUGUCCUCUGGAUAUGGAGAAGACAAGGAAAAGUGGGUUGUGCUCAGAGGGGCACAUUUUAGAUCUGAAGGGGCAUGCAACUUCAUAUCAUGGCAGCAUUGCAGAGUCAGAAGGUGCAGCUUUAUCUAAGAUAGACAUCAAGACAACAGAUUCUUUAGUACCAUCUUCCAUCAGCAUUGUAGCAUCUGAUGGUGUGACGGGUCCCCAGCUGGAACACAGUCAACAAAACAAACGGACGCCAAGCUCAACUCCUGAAGCGCUGAAAAGGAAAUCUUGCAUGAAAGUUUAUCCACUGGACUUUGACGAGAGACUGUUCCCAGAGGUACCCGACUUGGCCUUUGAGCAAGAGAUGAUGAAUACCUACCCAGAGCUGUUUGAGAAUAUGGAUGUUGAUGACUUCUUAAGCUGUGAUUUUGCAAUGAUGAACAGGGUUGAGCCAGUAGAGGCACCGUCUGGGUCACUGUGGGACGACUUAGAGGAAGGGGAGAUUCCAACAUUGUGA